UUUUAGAAAAAUGCUCAAGAUAAACCUAAUUAAAAAUAACUUAAUUCUACUCUGUCUACUAAUCCCUUUAAAUGGACAAAUAUUAAAUUCAACAAAUUCAACAAUAAAUAACCAACAAAAUAGAUCAUUAACAACACCAAUUUGGAGCUUAACAGGAAGGGAAGACCAUCACGAAAUUUUGGAUGAAUUGUUAAAAAAUUAUGAUCUUUCUAGGAUUAGGCCGCCAGUAGAGUUGGAUUCGAAUGAAACUGGUGAGAGAAAUUAUUUUAAUUUCUUAAAAAUAAUUUGGGAAUUUUUGAUAAAAGAUUGUCCUAUUCCAACGAAAUUAGGAAGUCUAAUAAAGUUACGAAAUUAUCGAAAUUAUUGCGAAAUACACGAAAUUACACGAAAUAAAAGUCUUCUUUAA